AUGAUGCUCAGCGAGUUCCUAGAGCGAGCAGAACCCACUGUGCUACUCGGCAAGGAAAAAUGGGAGAUCUGCUGGCGCCCGCUUGAGUCAAUCGACGAUCAACGGGGCUACAGGUGUCUACUAAUGCGCGGCCCAUCAGCUUUAGCUUAUCAGCUCGGCUUCUCGUUAGCGGUUAUUGUCGUUUUUUCGUCAGUAGCCGGUAUUCUUCAUUAUGUUCCUUCACCCAGCCUCUUCACUUACGCACGACUACGCUUUUUCUCCGGUACACUACGACUACUAUUGUCUGUACUUCAAACUAUCAUCACAAUAUCCGGUAUUCUUCUUGUCUUACUACAUUCAUCAGCAUUAUUGGAUUCGGUGUCGUUAUUUUCACUUUAUCUCUGUAUUGCACUCAUGGGAUUUUUCCCAAUGUUUGGAAUCGUUUUCGCUGGGUACUCUAGUAUGAUGAUGGUUACGCUUAUCUUCAAUACAUUUUUGUUCGAGUGGAUCGAUGUCCAUGGACAAACUCGUGUUGAGGAGAACGCCGACGCCGCCGACUCCUCUACUGUCGCAUCUUCCGGGGACCAGUUCUUCUCCGGUGUCAUAGACGGCGUUGAAAGGAUGGCGUCUCCUCGUCUCGGCCAUCUGACCGAUGACGUCGUACCUUGUCCUUCUUGA